AUGGUGUUCAAAGCGGCAUAUCGUGUCACGGAAAACAUAUGGUCAAAUAACAGUGUUAAAAUAAUGGUAGGAAGUCCAGCUCCGUCAUUUUGCAGGCAGAAGGUGAAACCAGAGAACAGAACAGAGCUAUUUGAGCUGAGCGGCUCUUACUACAUACUCCUUGCAAGAGGUCCCUACGCAUUAGGGGCCAGAUUACCUGAGUUGAAAAAUCACACACCGAAAGGGCGUUGGGUUACUAAGGAAGUAUCCUUGUCGGACGUGAACGUUAACGCUGAAGCCCCUACUGAUAGCGGAGCCGCAGAUGGGGAAAAGAAAACUGAAAAGAAGAGCGCGAUGAAGUUCAAUACAAUCCAUCGCGAUAGCCCUGGUGCUCUGUUGGGUGCUUAUUUGACGCUGUGGAAACAUUCAUCGAAAACACAUUAA